CGGGGAGGGCAGCAAGGCCCCAGGAGCCCCUUACACCAUUCUUUGGCGAAGGCUGUUCAGCAGUGCUGACCUCUUCCAGUCGAAUACUCUACAAAUUAUUAUCUCUGGACUCCUAGCUGACACCCUGCCGGAGGCAAGAGCUGCUAAGCCAACUGGAACUGUGCCGCUUCUGUUGUCAAGGUUUUUUUCUUACAGAGGAAAAAGAAAGAAGAAAAAAAAGAUGAGGUUGGGCAAAGUGGAGUUCUGCCAUCUUCUGCAGCUAAUCGCUCUUUUCCUGUGUUUUUCUGGGAUGAGCCAAGCGGAACUCUCAAGGUCGAGAUCAAAGCCCUAUUUCCAGUCGGGGAGGUCCCGGACCAAGCGCAGCUGGGUGUGGAACCAGUUCUUUGUGCUGGAGGAGUACAUGGGCUCAGACCCCCUCUAUGUAGGAAAGCUUCACUCUGAUGUUGAUAAAGGAGAUGGUUCCAUCAAAUACAUCUUGUCAGGCGAAGGGGCGAGUUCCAUUUUCAUUAUUGACGAGAACACGGGGGAUAUUCACGCCACCAAGAGGCUGGAUCGUGAGGAGCAGGCCUACUACACGCUCCGAGCCCAGGCACUGGACAGGCUCACCAACAAACCCGUGGAGCCGGAGUCCGAGUUCGUCAUCAAGAUCCAGGAUAUCAACGACAAUGAACCCAAAUUCUUGGAUGGCCCGUACACCGCAGGGGUGCCUGAAAUGUCUCCUGUGGGGACCUCCGUGGUACAAGUGACAGCGACGGACGCUGAUGAUCCUACUUACGGCAACAGCGCCCGAGUGGUCUACAGCAUUCUGCAGGGCCAGCCAUACUUCUCGGUGGAGCCCAAGACAGGAGUCAUCAAGACCGCCCUUCCAAACAUGGAUAGAGAGGCUAAAGACCAGUAUUUGCUUGUUAUUCAGGCAAAGGAUAUGGUUGGUCAAAACGGAGGACUCUCAGGGACCACGUCGGUCACCGUGACCCUAACCGAUGUCAACGAUAACCCACCUCGCUUUCCUCGGAGAUCUUACCAAUAUAAUGUCCCAGAAUCAUUGCCAGUGGCCUCUGUUGUGGCCAGAAUUAAAGCUGUCGAUGCAGAUAUAGGAGCCAAUGCUGAAAUGGAAUACAAAAUUGUGGAUGGUGAUGGAUUAGGGGUUUUCAAGAUUUCCGUUGACAAAGACACACAGGAAGGAAUCAUUACUAUACAGAAGGACCUGGAUUUUGAAGCCAAAACAAGUUACACUCUACGGAUCGAGGCUGCAAACAAAGACACGGACCCUCGCUUUCUAAGCUUGGGGCCGUUCAGCGACACGACGACUGUGAAGAUAAUCGUAGAAGAUGUGGACGAGCCCCCCGUGUUUUCGGCACCCCUGUACCCCAUGGAGGUGUCAGAAGCCACCCAGGUUGGGAACAUCAUUGGUACGGUGGCAGCGCACGACCCGGAUUCUUCCAACAGCCCUGUCAGGUAUUCAAUUGAUAGAAACACAGACUUGGAGAGAUACUUCAACAUUGAUGCCAACAGUGGUGUUAUCACAACUGCCAAAUCAUUGGAUCGGGAGACAAAUGCCGUGCAUAAUAUCACAGUCCUUGCAAUGGAGAGCCAGAACCCGUCUCAAGUAGGAAGAGGCUACGUGGCCAUCACCAUCCUGGACAUCAAUGACAACGCCCCCGAGUUUGCAAUGGACUAUGAGACCACCGUGUGUGAGAACGUCCAGCCCGGGCAGGUAAGAGGCUUUACAACACCGUGCCCCUCGUAUGUGGCUGCUUUAAAAAGAACCGGCAGCAGCUGUCUGGGAAAUUCUGCCAGCUUAAAGAUAAAAUAUAAUCAGCACAACACGGCCUCGAUUCUCACCAGGAGAAAUGGCUUUCGGAGGCAGGAGCAAUCUGUUUACUAUCUGCCCAUCUUCAUCGUGGACAGUGGGUCACCUUCACUAAGCAGCACCAACACCCUCACCAUUCGAGUCUGUGACUGUGACGCGGAGGGAGUAGCUCAGACCUGCAACGCGGAGGCCUACGUCCUGCCUGCCGGCCUCAGCACCGGAGCCCUGAUCGCAAUCCUGGCCUGUGUCCUGACGUUACUGGUGCUGAUCCUCCUGAUUGUCACCAUGAGAAGGCGGAAAAAGGAGCCCCUCAUUUUCGAUGAAGAGCGAGAUAUCCGAGAAAACAUCGUCCGCUACGACGACGAGGGUGGUGGAGAGGAGGACACGGAAGCCUUUGACAUGGCUGCGCUGAGAAACCUCAACGUCAUCAGAGACAACAAGACCCGCAGGGACGUGACGCCAGAGAUGCAGUUCUUGAGUCGGCCCACGUUCAAAAGCAUCCCAGAUAAUGUCAUUUUUCGGGAAUUCAUUUGGGAGCGGCUGAAGGAGGCUGACGUGGACCCCGGGGCGCCCCCCUACGACUCCUUGCAGACAUACGCGUUUGAAGGCAACGGCUCCGUCGCCGAGUCCCUCAGCUCCUUAGAUUCCAUCAGUUCGAACUCGGAUCAGAACUAUGACUACCUGAGUGACUGGGGGCCUCGAUUCAAACGGCUGGCAGACAUGUACGGCACCGGCCAGGAGAGCUUGUACUCAUAGCCCUGGAGCCCUGCUUUCACAUGUACUGAAGACCAAGUAAAAGCAAAAAACAAACAAACAACAACAACAAAAAAACACAAAAAACAAAAACAAAACAAAACACUACACGCAGAACCCAAGAACUCCACUGACAAGAGAAAAUGGUUGUAAAUAUUUCUCCAUUUUUAACGGCUUGGGUUUCUGCUUUGGUGAAGCAUAUGUUCAUGAGAUUGAUCCAAGGGACCGCACUGACCACACACUCUGGGCAUUUGAAGGCUUUUUUUUUGGUGAAAAAGAAAUGCUCAGUGGUUUGUGAAUAGAUCGCAACUCUCAGACACCUGCCAAGGCACCUAACCUCUAUGAGAAAGUAGUGCCCGGUGUCGUCAGUGAACCAAGGAUGCCCUGUACAUACAUACCUUCAUGGUACUGCCAGUGAGAAGAACAGAACACAACGUGCCAUUGAAAAGCCCUGCAACUUCUCGCAUAUCAAAACUUGGGACAGAUUGAAUUUAUAGUGAUGCUUUUAGCUUGCUAGAUUAGAGAAUCCAGCAGAAUUUUAUUGCUGUGGAUUAGGAAAUAUAUUUUAUUUAGCAAUAUAUAAAUUCUUAGAAAAUCCUCCCCAGUCCUCCAAUACAAACCACUAAAAUUUGGUUUCAGGCAACGUAAACCAUUGUUUAGCAAAGAAAUGUGAAGUGUUCCAAAUAAGAAAAAGGUAAAUCAUUCUUAAAGUGUGCAAUCGUUUUGAGAUGCUUGUGUUGGUAUGAAAAAUAGUUGCUGUUUAUUCGUUGAUUUUUUUAAAUUAUUAUUAUCUCUUCUGAUUUGUACAGGAGAAUAUAUAUGUAUGUUCUUUUUUUUAGUUGAUACAUGGUGUUGUAUUUAUUUUGGAGCUCCAAUCUCUACAAAAUGCAGGUCCAUCUCUCUGCCUCAUCAUAUCAAGCUCAUCAGAACAUGCUGCUAUUUCUCCAGUCUGAGCUACAUGAAGGAAACGAAGCAUGGAAACAGUGGAGCGAUUGCGCCCUGUUGCAGUUCACAUCUCAGAGAGGAGCACAGCUACAGGGACAUAGAAGUCACUGGUCCGAGCCAUUGGAAUGUACAAAACAUCGGAAUAAAAUAUUUGUAUUUUAGAAAGAAGAUUUCUGAGAGAAAUGAGAUGUUCUUUGAUGCAAGAUUUAUUUUUCAAGGUCAAAAGUCCUAUAUGCCCUCAAAGACUUUUGAGAAUUUGUUCUACCCCAACCUCUUUUGCUGUAAACAUAUUGAGUCAAAAACUGAUUUUUAAAAAUAUAUCAUAAACAAUAUAAUGUUAUAAAUUUCAAAGCCCAUCUUUAAAUUCUGAUGCAAAUAUGUUCCUCAAGAAUAAACCUUGCAAUGUAUAAUUUCUAUACUGGUUUAGAUGUGCCAAAUGAGGAGAUAAAUUUUAAGUGAUCACAUGUUUAAGUUUGAGAUAGGCUUUAAAAAGAAUUUUUAUCACUAAAAUAUUUCUACCUAUCAUUUUUUUCCAAGAACAAUACUUGUUUAAUGUGCAUAUAUUCAAGUAAGAAUGAAAUUUUUUUCUUCUUUUAGAAAGAAUUGUUGGGUUCCUAAUCUACAAAUAGUGGACACUGUAUAGAAAAUUAUGUUCUAAAAGCACUUCUUUCUGAAAGACAACGGAACUAGAAUAUCAAUAUUUUGAUGACACUAGGAGAAACUACGUAGGAGUCUGUACACUUCCAGCCCACCUUUAGAAAUGAAGUAUGUGAAAGUGGCCUUCAGAUUCGUCAAAAGAAUUGAAUAAAUUUGAUUAUCUGCAAACAGUCCUUUCAUUUGAAUAAAGUUUUGUAGUCAUUGUUUCAUGACUAGAUAGAUAUGCUUCCUGCUGUAUUAAUAUGUAUGAAAAACAAAUCUUAUAGCAGAGAAGCUGUUCAUUACUUUUAGUCACAUAAGUUUUUCAAGUAAAAAAAAUCCAAACAAACAUAGUAUACUUAUAUCCUUUUCCAUAAAGUCACAGUGUGGUAUAGGAAUUGUGUAGGUAUUGAGUCAGCAAGGUGCUGAGACAACAGUUCUGUAAUAAUCCCCUUGUUGUCUGCAAGACGAUAAAAUACUUUAGAACAUUUGGAUUAUGAUGUCAAAACUGCUGAUUGUUGCACAUAUCACUUAAUGGAGGUUUGAAUGUAUUUUAGAAAAGGAAUAUCAUGUUAUUCACCUUGCUUUCUCUCCUUUUAAAGAAUAUAUUUUCUUGGGUUUCUUUUUCAUAUUAGUAGUAAUAUAUUGGGAAAAGACUCAAAUUUAAAUAAAGAUUUGAAAUUCUUGCAUAUA